AUGAGAGUCAUUAACGCGGCAGUGUUCGUCUUUUUUAUCUGCUUAUCAUAUGCUGAUUAUGUCACGUACAAUGAUGGGGAGUACAUUGGAAUUUCAUGCAAGGCAACAUUGUUAAAAACUGCGAUAUUUUGUAAAACUGACACUUCCAAAAGUUAUAGUUGUCAAUGUACGGAUAUCAAUGCGUUGGGCUCUUACGUCUAUUGUGGGUAUCAGAAUUGUCAUUCUGACAAAGAAAAGAAGCAAUUUGAAACCUUUUUUCAGUCAAAAUGCCCGAAGAUUACAACGAAAAAAAUGGAACAGGCAUACAGUAAUGUAACCUCAUAUUUGGUUAAUACUACUAGCAUUGCAAAUUUUAAUAUUAGCAAGCCAGUGAGCGUUCCCGUUAUUUAUAAUAAGAAAUAUUUCGGAUAUUAUCUGAAUUCAGCACAUGCUAGAUAUGACAAUUUUUAUGAUUCAAUGAGAAUGGGCGCUGGUCUUAUGGGAUAUUGGGGGCUAGUUUUUCUUUGCGGCAUAAUUGUUAAUUUGCUAUCGAAAUUUGCACCAAAUCUACUGCUCAAGAUUAAAAAGGGUACAUCUCAGCUAGCAGUGACAAGGUGGUACAGGUCGUUUGUAUCUCUACCAGCAGUUUUCUCUGGUCGCCAUUCUCAAAGAAGUGUGUUAGGUGGUGUUUAUCCUACUAGAUUAGAGUCUCUUGUCCUAUUCGGGUUCUUUGUGCUCUGCGUUCUAUUUGAAGCUACAAGAUUUCACUACGUGGCACACGAUGUUUUCUGGAGCAAUCGUAAAGCACAGAUGGGACGUUAUAUUGGAGAUAGAACCGCUGUUCUUCUAGUUUUCAUGAUGAACAUAACCUAUUUAUUUGCUGGGAGAAACAAUAUAUUUAUAUGGCUGACAGGGUGGAAACAAUCAACUUUUUACAUAUAUCAUAAGUGGGUCGGUCGUAUGUUUUUGCUCACGAUUUUCGUUCAUUUGGUCGCGAUGUUAUGCAAUUCCAUUUAUGCAGAUCUUUACGCGUCAAGAUCCGCCACCAGUUGGUGGAGAUGGGGCUCAGUUUCGGGUGUCUGCGGUGGAAUUAUUGUCGUUCAGGCAUUCAGCUGGUUGAGAGUGAGAAACUACGAGCUUUUCUUAUAUGUGCACAUAUUGAUGGCUGUAUUUUUCUUAGUAGGAGCUUGGAGACACAUUGCGUAUUUUGGCUAUACAAAAUGGGCGUAUUCGACUGCUGCGGUGUGGUGUUUUGAUUUUUUUAUGCGGCUGAUCAGAAUAGCUUCAUUUGGGAUUAAGGAUGCUAAAAUCGAGAUUGUUUCCCAUGAAACACUCCAAGUUACUAUAGAAAAGAAGUCGUACUGGCCAUUUUUCAGCGGAUGCUUUGGCUAUAUUUACUUCGUGGGAACACCUGUAUUUUGGCAAUCACAUCCUUUUACAGUCGUUAAGACGGAUAACGGAGAUCUCAGAUUGUAUAUCAAGAUCAAAAAAGGUGUUACUGAGACCAUAUACAAAAAGCUACAAGAUCAACCUAACUGUACAGGGACAAUAAAAAUCGCAUUAGAAGGACCAUAUGGAGAUGAGAAGCCUCUGGAAACUUACGAUCAGGUUUUAUUAUACACUGGAGGAAAUGGUAUCCCCGGACCAUUUACCUAUGUCAAGAAAAUUUGCGAAACUGAGAAGGCAAAAACAAAGUUUAUCAAACUUUAUUGGGUUAUCAGACAUUGGCAUUCAAUUGAUUGGUUUUUGGAGGAACUCCAGUCUUUGCAAAAAUAUAACAAUGUUGAAACUGUUAUAUUUGUGACCAAAUAUCAUGAGGCAAAAGUGGGAGAGAAAUUGAGCAACAGAAAUACGAGUGGUUCGAAUUCAAACUCAUCAGUAAACGAAAAAAACUCAGAUACUGUUAAUGAGGUAGUCUACACCUCUUGGCUAGACGUCAUUGAAAAGACGUUACCUCAUGUCGAUUUUAGAGAAGGAAGACCGUCGACUUCCAAUCUCGUCACCGAGGAUCUCCAGGAGUCUUUAGGCCAAGACGUGGCCAUAGUAACAUGCGCACAUGGUGAUAUGUGCGAUGAGAUUAGGCAGGUGGUAUCUAAAGAUGCUCUUAAACGUAAAGAAGGAAGAGUUGAUCUAUUCGAAGAGUUACAAACCUGGUAA